AUGAUUCAAAAUUAUAUAACCAGAAGUCAAAAUGAGAAAUCCAUUAAAAUUAGGAGUGCAGGAAAUUCAUUGUUUAUAAAGAAAAAGCAUGAAAGAAAUGAUCAUGAACUAAUUUGGGAACUUUAUACUUUAAGUAUAGCUAUAGCUGAAAUUGAUUCAGAGGAACUUGCAUGUGGUUAUGCAAAUAGAUCUGCAAUAUUAAAACAUUUUGGAAAAUAUAAAGAAUGUAUGAAGGAUAUUGACAAUGCACUAAAAAUUACUACAUCAAAUGCAUUAAGAGUGAAAUUAUUAUGCCGUAAAAGCAGGUGUUCUUUAAUUUUACAAAAUGAUAAACAGAGAAAUUUUUUAGAAAAAAAACUUUAA